AUGACUGACGGUCAUCACUACGAGGCGGGCAAACAGAGGAGCGGCUCACGACAGCGGUCACACCCCAUACUGACGGUACCACCACACUAUCACACGACACACUUACUACUGCCGACGCACGGUAGCUGGGCCUGUUUACAAAAUAAAGCCUAUUUAGAACGAGGGCGAAGGGCCGGCGCGUCGCGCGGCGUUCGACCGAAUAAAGGUAAGAGGCGGGCGGCUCGUUUGUUAGGCAGGGGCAGAGGGACCGGCUCCGCGGUGAGAUCAAAAGCGCCGCAGAUCAAAGGAGCCGCCGCGCGAUCGGCAUCCGUCAUUAUUAUUAUGCAAGCAUUACGGAGCGCGUGA